AUGGCCAAUAACCUGGAGAGAGUACUCAGCAUACAGUCCCAUGUCGUCUUUGGAUAUGUCGGAGGAAAGGCAGCUGUAUUCCCUCUGCAGUGUUUAGGAUAUGAUGUUGAUGUAGUGAACACUGUAAACUUCUCGAAUCAUUCAGGCUAUGGUCGUUCCGGAGGAACGAAAACCACAGCAGCUGAACUGAACUCUAUGUUUGAGAUCAUGGAGCAUAAUGAAUUGCUCAGGCCCACACGCCUUUUGACAGGUUAUAUACCCGGUGCUGAAGCUCUUUCAGCUGUGGAGAAACUGGCUAAAAAGCUUAAGCAUUCCAAACCCAGCCUUAUAUACCUUCUAGAUCCCGUAAUGGGUGACGCAGGUCGUCUGUACGUUGCUGCUGAUGUCAUCCCAGUAUACCAGGAAAUGCUACCACUAGCAACGAUAAUCACCCCUAACUGGUUUGAAGUCGAGUUACUUACUGGAGUGGAACUGAAAGAUAUGCCAUCCUUACACCGCGCGCUAGACAUUCUUCACAAAGAUUACCACGUCCCAAACGUUGUGAUAAGCUCGAUACCCCUGAAGUCCUGGCUAGCUGCUGCCCUUCCGUCAACAAUCCUUCCACCCUCUUCCACAUCAUCGUCACAUCUCCUUUGUAUAUCAUCUUCAUUACACAUUCCCUCGGCCGCGGAUACACAUAUCCUUCAUACCUCCGCCUCACCACGAUCCACUGUACACGCCCAAUGCGUGCCUCUCAUCCCUGGUUACUUCUCUGGGGUCGGCGAUCUCUUCUCUGCACUCCUGCUCGCCCAUUUCCACCCAGACAACACACCAGAGAAUCUCAACGCAACCUGUCUUUCCGAAGCUGUGUCUCAGGCACUGACGAAGACUCAUGCUAUUCUCCUGAUGACCCAGGGUCAAUCAGAGGGCCUGCCUGAAGAGGAAAGACAACCCACUGAUGACGAACUGGAUAAAGAAGAUCCACUGAGGAAAACACGGCGGAUGCGUGGACGCGAGCUCGCUUUGGUGAAAGGACAAGACUUAAUCAGAGGCAGUGGAAUAUCCCAUGUGCGCGAGAUGAUGCUAUGGGACGGUUUCUGGGACGGUGCAUCAUCUUAG